GUCUCGCAGUCGAGUGGUCAACGUAGAGUCGAGUGCAGUCGAGCGGCUAUCUUGCGGUUGAAUCUAUAACACCGUUAGAGAGCAAAUCGCAAAAAAAUGGCACGAUUCACCGUUCAGCUGAUUCAGUGUGUUUCCUUCGAUUCAGGGUAUCGAACCGUUCUACAAUGAUCAUACUAGCGUCACUUCUUAUCGGAUUGUUGUACACCAACCCGGCAGCUUUCUUCCUGAUAAUUGCCGUCGGCUAUCUUCUGUGGCAAUGGCUCCGGUAUAACUUCAAGUUUUGGCAGCGCGAAAAUGUUCCCGGUCCGAAACCAUCUCUGCUGUUCGGAAACCUUGGGGCCAGUUUGGCUAUGAAAAAGCAUAUUGCCGAAAUGGCCGAGGAAUGGUACAAAGAAUUCCCCAACGAACCGUUUGUCGGCUAUUACAAAGUCUUCAAACCGGCGGUUUUUCUUCGGGACCCGGAGUUGAUAAAAGCUGUUCUGGUAAAAGAUCACACCUGCUUCUCGGCUAACGAUUUUACCUUCAACGAGAAGCACAAUCCACUUAUGAGGGACAAUCCUUUUCUGAUCGACGGUGAGCGCUGGAAGAAGGCACGCCAGGUGUUGACGCCGCUUUAUACCGGCAGUAAAAUGAAGCAGCUUUUCCAUGCACUGGACCAAGGUUGCAGCCAAUUUGUAGAAUACAUCGGUCGCCGGUUGGGUGAAGAUUUGGAAGCUAAGUCGAUUUCGGCUGUCUACACUACGCAAAAUGUUGUCGGAUGUGCCUUCAGCUUGGAUGCGGAAUGCUUCGAGAAUCCGAACAACGAGUGGAGGGUGAUGGGGAAGAAGAUUUUCCAGCCGACCCUUUUUGCCGGGAUCACAAUGCUUGUUACGAUAUUUGUGCCGUUUAUCGCGCAGUAUCUUCCUAUUAGAUUGAUCCCAAAAGAAGUUGAAGAUUGGUUUCGAAGAACGAUCUCCAGCAUAUUAGAGGAACGUAAAAAGGAAUCAGUACCACGAGAAGAUCAACUUCAAACUCUUUUAAACCCGAAAGCUCAAACAAAUUUGUCAGCGGAGCAAAUUGCCGGACAUGCAUUGACAUUCUUCACGGAAGGUUAUGAAACCUCUAGCACGGGACUUUCAUUUGCAUUGUAUCACCUGGCCAAUAACCCUAGCGUUCAGGAGAAACUUCACCAAGAAAUAUCGCGUGUUAUAGCUGAAACUGGUGACCAACUAAGUUACGAUGACAUGCAAAGUAUCGAGUAUCUUGACUGGGUUCUGCAAGAAACGUUACGAAUCAACCCGCCAGCAGCGGUAUUGCAGAAGCGAACAACCAAACAGUAUUUAUUAAAGCGAAAGAUCAACGGUCAAGAUGUGGGAACACUUCUUACGGAAGGCACUCCGGUAACAGUGCCAAUUACUGCCAUUCAUAUGGAUCCAAAGUACCAUCCAGAACCGGAACUUUUUCGCCCGGAACGGUUCAGCCCGGCGGAGAAAACCGACCGAACGCAGCUGGUGUAUUUUCCUUUUGGGGAGGGUCCCCGGAUGUGUUUGGGCAUGAGAUUCGCGCAGACUCAGAUAAAAAUUGCUUUGAUCCGGCUGGUUCAGAGCUACCGUAUUCGGUUGUCCCCCAACCACAAACCAUUCCACAUCGAUCGGAGAGCAUUUUUGGUGCAAGCCCGCGAUGGAUUGUUGCUGAAUUUCGAAAAGCGGUAGUUUCAAGCUAAGUUUUAUAGUAGUUUGCUUUUGAUAUUAAUUCAUAGAAAGCAACACAUUAGUUGUCUUACGUAAGUGGAAUGGCUUUUGAAGCAUUGUUCCAGAUUAUUCCGAGAAAACAAUAGAAAAACACUUGUUGCUAAAUUCCACAAAAGUGUCUUCCAGUAUGAAACAACUUUGCUGAAGACUGCUUGAAGUUGUUACUUAUUAUACUGUCUAGAUUUUUGAUAAUUACUAGGAUAAGGAUUCGUACUUAGAGCUAUGUUUGGAUUUUGCCCUAUAUUUGCCUGGAUUCCUAACUCAAAUUUGUAGAUUAAGUCCUAAAUCGGAACUGGUAUCAGUUCGGGAUUCGAACUUGGACUCCUAGAUUUAGAACUUGUAUUCUCAACAAAAUUUGUUAUACCUAUACUAGGACAAGGAUUUUAUUAAGGUCUUGAAGCUGCAUUUGAAGCAUGUCGAGAUCUUUAGAACCUAGUGUUCUUAAAGCAUGACUAGCAUUUCGACUUGGUUUGAGGCGUAGAUCUUCACUGGGAACAAAACUUGGAAUUGGAUUUUGAUCUCGACUCAGACUCUAAUUAUUAUUAAGAUUAGAAUUUAGAUUUGGACCUGAUUUUAGAUUGGCAAUUUUGAAUAGAAGGACGCAAUUUUGACCACUUGAAUUAGAAUCCGGACAUUUGGUUCCGAACCCUUUGGACUCUUGAACUUAAAUUGUCACUCUCAAAAUUAUAGAAAAGGAAUUUCACUGUGAUAUGGAUUUGAAGUUGGAUGUUGUUUUAAAAAUUAGGAUUUGAAUUUUUAAUUUUUGAUACUUGAAUUGGGAUCUUGGCAUUCAUAUUGUGAUCUAUUGUAAAGCUAGUAUCUUAAGUUGUUGUUGUAUCACGAUCGUUCAUUGAGCUCUAUUUUUUGAAUAUCGGUACUUGGAUUCGGACUUCGAUUGAACGUGAAGAUCCACGGACUUCGACUUAGAUCUGGACUCCGUACCUUAAUUUUUGCUGGGUACUAAUCUGAAAAUUGAAUGUGGAUUCGAAUGAAUUCUUACAAGAAUUCUGCUUGAUGGAUUCGAACUUGAUUUCAAUUUAUUCUUAUAGUGUACUUGGGUUAAAACUGAUAUAUGGAUUUGAAUUCUUAUCCAUCUCAUUCAUUAAAAUAAAAACACACAACAAAAGAUGACUCGGGUAGUGAGUUACUCAAUUUGUUCUCAUGUGUUUGCCACAGCUGAGAAGAGAACUCAGGAUGUGGGGAUGAGGUGAGGUGAGUUAUACUCCCUUAAGCAUCUACUCGACCCGACCUGACCCACUAAACCCACACCCACACCUUCAGUCUCCAGUCCUCAUUUUUCCGGUACGUAAAGUAUUACUUCGGAGAGUGGCUUUGUGUGCUUGAUGUAUUUACUCUCUUUACUCUAAAACCUUCUAAUCAACUACAUGAAGACGGGCAAUUGACACGCUACACCAGUGUAGCUCCAGGAUCUGUGCUGAGUUCACUUCUUCAUGGCGCCUCUCAAGUUAACGGAAUAUGUUGGUGCGUCCAACUAAUAUUCGCAAAGUUGGAUCAUUUCAGCUGCCAUCUGGUCAUCGAGGAUGACCUUCUGGUACCUCGUAUGUCCCUUGUGUCACGUGGUGAGUCUAAACGCUCUUCGUCCUCUUCAACGGCGAUGCUGAUAGGCAUCAAGCCGGACAAGACGCAUCGUAUGACACUGUACGAUACGCGCCCGGAAUCCUCAGGCAUCUUGCCUUACACCACCGAGCUAUUCGACAUUAUACGAGAUAGUGCUGCCAUAGUCUGUUGAAGUCCUCUUGCACGCGCAGUGGCUCCCGAAAGAGAGUCUUCCGUUGACAAGAGCUUCAAAGAUCUCUUCGAGGCAAUCGUUUAACUGAUUAACCGUUAUUCGUUGACCGUUGUCCUUGACCUCUGUCGAAUGAUGCGCUAACUCCAGUGUCCUGGACUGCAUCCAGUCCUCGACCUUAGUAUGCAGUGCGCGGUCAUUAACUCGACCUCUCCGAUCAACUCAAAGUAGUCCUCUAGCGUUAUGUUGUUUGCAAAGCCGACGAUCACAACCUUCACAGGAAACUCAAGGUAGAACCUUGCGGUACUCCUACGUUGUUUGGGACGCAUUUCUGAUCCAUUUCCGUGUUGUCCCUUCUGACUCUCUUCCGUGUUGUAAACUGGUGAUUCUGGAAGUAAUGUUCCAAAAUCUUGUACAACGACACAGCUACGCGAGCGCCAUAGUAUUUCUGUUUCUAUCUGCUGUCCAUAUUGAACGCAUUUUUUACGUCAAGCGUGACCUUCUUUUACGCUGGAGUGCUACCUGGAAAGAUAGUACCCAGCGUGGACCUACCUUUCCGGAAGCUAAACUGGUUACUUGCCAGACCGUUUACUCCCUCUGUGCACUUCACCAGUCUGUUGAGAAUAAUUCACUCAAGCACUUUGCCGACAGUGUCCAGCAGACAAAUGGGUCUGUAUACCGAUGCGUUUUCUGGCGUUUUCCACCUCUCCGGGAAGAGACAGUCAUCCAGACACUUCUGCAUGACUACUUGGAACAGCCUGGGGCCACUUUUAGGCUUCAGCCAUCCAUCCAGUCUCGGGGUAUUGUUCACAUUUAGGGAGUUGACGAUUACAAUGAGUUCAUCAUUCCUAACCCUUGCCUCCUUUAUAACCUCAACACGACUGUCGUCGCUCACAGGUUGGAUGUUCAGCAGGUUGGCCGACCACCCCUGGUCUGUGUAGCAUAUACUAGAACGUCGGACGUGCGACUGUACCACCGGAGGCUAAGGGCUUGGCUCGUGACCCGGAAGACACGCUCCAGCAUCGGUGGUGAAUGCUCUGCAGGCGCCCACACACCUUUGGUCUUGGCCCUUACGUUCCUGUAGGCGUUACCCCCCCGGAUUCGUAUUGGAUUGGCACACGCGCAUAGCCUAUCAAAACAAACCUUUUUACUUGCCCUAAUCGCGCUUUGCAAACCCGAAUGCUGCACCACGUUCUACCCUAAGUUCCUUGGUUCGUGCGUAUUGCAUCAUCCGUCUUGCACGGAGCCAUUAGUAAACCAAUGAUUUUCCAUUCCUAGAUUAGUGAGUCCUUGGUAUGGAGGCGUUGCACGCUCUCAAUAGUGUGGCAACUAGUUGGUCAGCACUCGGGCGGAGCCAACUGCCCCCCUCGAACUCUCUUUUUAUUGCCUUCUCAAACACCUCGGCAUCGAAAUGCGAUGCCUUCCACCCGUGGACGGUUGGAGUGUUAGCUCUACCCGUCGCUCGCCGACUAACGUUAUUAUUUACACUAUAGCGAACCGACUUGUAGUCGCUAUUGUUGUAGCCAUCGUGUACCCAACAGUUCUUGAUCGUUCCUGGGCCGGAGAAUGUCACGUAAAACGUGCGCAAUUUAGGUUUCUGAAUUCGAUUUAAAAUUUUGUGUCGGGUCGGAUAAAUAUCUGUGCUUGGAUCCGGACUUCGAAUGGAUGUGGAAUAAAUCUAGAACCAGCGUAAUAUAAAGCUAAAUAUAGUCCACGACAUGCAAAACACAUCUUCAAAUUACCUUUAUCAACAGCCAAAACAGUCGAACACUUCACCUUUCAAUAAACAUCCGAAAAAAAUAUCUCGAAUGGACCUGGAUCUAGAGUUGAAUUUAUGCUCAAGUCUCAAUUUAUGCUCAAGUCUGGGGUAAUCUGGGUAAUGCUUAAUGAACUAUAAAAGAAACGCUUGUUCUCGUUAACCGAAUAUUGAGAAACGAGAUAAAUUUCGAUAGCGAAAAUGAGAACUAUUAACGGAAAACGAUUGAAAACUCGGUUGGUACUGCGAAUGUCCGAAUGCUUUAUUAAUCAACACAUCGUGAAUUUGCUAAUUCGUAAACUGCAGCGUCCGUUUGUCGCAAUCGCAGCGAUUUAGAAAGCUUGUUGAUUAAGGUCCGGGGUAGUGAAUUCAGUGCAGUAGAUCCUACUGCACAUGCUUCCUUCACGUACCAUUUCCACAUCUACUACAGAGUCGGCGUAGACCUGUAGAUGACCGUCAUUGGGAUGAUUGGCAGAACCGUGAGUACGAAGCGCAGAAAUGCGUUAAUGCAAAAGACAAAUUGAGUAGAAACAAUGUAGAGAGCUUCUACAGAACGAUCAGCAGAAUCAGGAGCAGAAAUUUCCUAAAGCUGUUGUGUGUAACAAUAAGAACGAAAACCUGAUCGCUUGCAAACUACACUACGGAUCAGUUGCGGAUCCACCAAGAUGGUAAGAGAACAGAGAAUGCGACGAAUACUAGAUAAGUGCAUACAACUUGCAAACUCAUCAUCCAUUCAUAUAUUUUAAAGCGAGGUACGACUCAGUUGAGUGAAACGGGGGAUGGCGAUUAUGUUUGAAUACGGUUUGCCGACGAAACUCAUGAAGCUGAUUCAAAUGACGUUCGAGGAAUCAAAAUCAUGCGUGUGAAUAAUGCAAAUCUUAUCCCAAAUUGCAAGCAGUUAUUGCAUCGAAGAAGAUAAAGACAUGGAUGAAAGCAGAAGUCUUUGCGUUAUGUUUUUUCACGCUUUGUCACACCAUUGUUUCACGUAUUAAGACUUAAAAUUUGACAGUAGAUGAAAACACAUUGUGGUUAAUUGCAUAGAAGUUUGAGAACGUCACUUGUAUUCGUAACCUUGCUUGCAAGCCGCUCACAUCGAACUGUUUCUUCAAAGACAAUACAUCCGUACCCGAGCGUAGACGCUAUCGCUAAGAUUCGAAGCAAUUAGAGCCUGACGGUUUCCAGCUUCCCGGAAUUCGA